AUGGCCUAUCAGCCUAUGACCCCUCGGCUGGAUUACAUUCCGCAGGACCGUGGCAAUAUGGCUCAUGCCGUGACAUACGAAUCUCCCACGCGCUUCUUGGACCAGAACGAAAACACCAUUAUCGAGGUCUCUGAUGAUGACUCUGACAGUGGCCCACCUCCUCAAGUCUCGCUGUUCAAGCAGUCUCGUCGCCAGCAGCAACCAAGCAGAACUUUGUCCCCAGGGAGCGACGCCGAUACCUCCGAUAUGGAAUUUGUACUGGAAUCUCGUCUUGCCCAUCCUGCUCGAGCCCUCAAACGAACCUGGACUCCCGGUAGCUCUUUAAGCAGCUCUCCACCAGCUGCGCCUCGGGACCGUGGAAAACGUCGUGCAAAUCCUGCCCUCGCUCGCGCUCUGGUUGUCGCGCCUGGGAAAGAAGCUCGCUGUGACCUCCAACCUACGCAGCACAGACCCGACGGAGAAGGCACUGCAACCAAACAAGCCACCAGUCUUUCAAGCCCAGGCCAUCACACACAGCACAAGGCAAACCUUGAGAAGCAGAACAAAAAGAAGGCAGCACAACAAUCACCGUACUACGUCGACGGUCGACUCGAAGUCAAAAUGUACCGCGGCCCGGGUUACGAACGUUUUCCCGUCGUUCUCGGCACCGUUGAAGGCCAUAAGGAGCUGUGUGAUAUGUGGGAUGCAGAUCGGCUCUUCAAGCUGGAAAGAAAGGCGGCCAAAUUGAAAGAAGCAAUUCGAACACCAUAUAUGAUCCAUGGCACCGAUUCCAAUUCAAGCGACGAUGAAGUAGAAGGCGAGGGGAAAACAGCAUUCGAGAAGAAAUGCCUUGCUAGUGUGGUUGAUGUCUUUCCAGACAUUGAACGCGCGUAUGUUGAAAAGAAGAUUCGAGGUGCACCUCCACAACCCCAAUAUGUCGACGAGGAUGGUAACGAGAUCAUCGACAUCAGAGCCCCAACCCUUGCCGAAAGAAUCAUAACCGAGAUCUUGGAUGAGCAGUCAUAUCCUAAACAACGUGUCUCUAACUCAACGGCGAAUGGAAAAGGAGCUGCCGUCGACGGUACUGGCAUUACCAUCACCUGGGACAGAGAUCCUCCAAAAGACAUGGCAGGAUACACAAAAGACGCCUUCGUUUUACUUUGCAAGCAUUUCUUAUAUGUUCCCCCACCCUACAUCGCAAAGGUGGUAGAGGAGAAGCAGAGCAUAUUCGACUCGUACGUUACUUUGCAGGGGCUGGAGGACCAGUACUAUUCGCUCAAGCCCAGACCUUAUCUACGUCGCGUUACACCCCUCGACAUGAAAGAAUUGGCCCCAUUAGGCCGUCACCGCGUCCCGGCAGAGUACGCCAACCAAGUUAACGAAUUGCAGGCUGCCAAACAAUUUGUCGCCCGCGAGGCAAUCAAGGAGGCAGUCAAGAAGGCUAAGGAGGAAGCCGAAGCUCUGAAUCUAGCGGAACAUAUCAAGACGGGCGCGAUCAUGGAAUGCCAGUGCUGCUUCGACGCCGAGACUCCCCUCAACCGCAUCGUGCCUUGUAUGGCAGAUGUCCCGCAUUUCUUCUGCUUCUCCUGUGUCGAAGCCCUAGCCGACAAUCAAGUGGGAUUGCUGAAGCAUGAGAUGCUUUGUAUGGACGCGAGUGGCUGUGCCGCUGAACUUUCUCAUGAAGAUGUCGGCAGGGCGGUCCCAAUCACCACCUUUGACCGGUUGGAACUGAAUAAGCAACAAGCCGAAAUCAUGGCAGCCAAAAUUGAUGGUCUAGAGCAGUGUCCCUGUUGUGACUACAAAGCGAUUUGUCUCGACGUGGCACGGGACCCCAUCUUCUUUUGCCAGAACCCAGAGUGUGCCCGUGCAACCUGCCGAAAGUGCAAGAAGGACAGUCAUGCUCCAAAGACUUGCGAGGAGAAUAAUCGCGACAAAACCUUGUCCGCACGGCAUUUGGUAGAAGAGGCCCGGUCAGAAGCCAUCAUUCGGACCUGCCCAACAUGCAAAGCCAAAAUCCUCAAGGAUUUUGGGUGCAAUAAAAUGACUUGCACACGAUGUGGCUGCAGAAUGUGUUAUAUUUGCAAUGCAGACAUAACGCAUCUCGGCGCCAAUGCUUACUCUCAUUUUGGGGCCAAGUGUGUCUUGUAUGACGACACAGGGAUCAAUCGACACGAAAAUGAAGCGAACGAGGCAGAAAAAGGCGCCAUCAACAAAGCCAAAUCCCUGGAUGCCGAGCUCGAUGAAAAUAAGUUGCGGAUUGAUACUGGCAAAGCCAUCAAACGCCCUUCGGCCCUUCUAAAUCAUCCUGGGGCCGACGCCUUUCUGCGCGAUUUGAACAACCGUGCGGCUCGAUUGAAUGACCGCCAAACAUAUCUCCAGAACAUGCAAACCCGUGUCGAUCGUCUCCGAGCUCUGCAGCCAGAUCGCGAGCUCCAAGAAAUCCUGGCUGGUAUUCGUGCCAUGGAUGGCACACGCGGGUACGAUAGAGCGCGUCCUCCAGGAGAGGCAAGGGUCCACAUUCAGGAAUUGGAAAACCUCUACAGGCGAGCGCGCGUGCAUCUUGCUCGGCAUCAACCUCAAUUCCCGCUUGCACCGGCAGAUCUUGACGCCCCUGCGCAUAAUCAUUAUCCUGAGGCUCUCAAUGGGGCUCGUCAUGUAGCGGGCAAUCCCCCUCCUCUUGUUCCUCCGGCUCUCAACAGACGGGCACCAGGGGCGCUGGCUUUUGGUGGCCUUGCUCGACCAGUUGGAAACGUGUCCAAUGGUGUCAAGGAGGGUCUUUUGGGGCCUUUCAACUUUGACUUCAACAUUGGAGGAGCACAACCGCUCAUGCUAGGCUCGAAUCGCUCUAAGACAAUUGCCCAUGCGAACGCUGCGCACCGUCAAAUUCCUCCAGCAACGUUACAGCCAAUUAACUUGGUCUACCCCCAGUUUCUUGGAGUACCUGCGGGCGGAGCUGGGCACGUCUUCCCCACGGCUGGGAGAGAUAUCGAGGCAAAUGCUAUUCAACCGCCAGCUGGUUCUGCUAUGCCGGCCCGAGGCCACCAGGGUCGAGCGGUGACACACGUUGCUGCCGUUCUAGUUCCUCACAAUACUGCUGGUGGCAUUGGCAAGAAAGCUGGGCGAGAUUUGCUCCGUCGUUAG